AUGCACUAUCUAGAGGAUUAUCUCGAGUUACUUGAUCCUUUACCUGAGAUUAUGCGUGAGAAAUUAACUUUGAUGCGUGAAAAUGAUUUAAAAACUCAAGCUGAAUUUGCGCAAUUAGAAGAAGAUACAUCCAAAUUUCUUAGUAAUUAUCGUCAAUAUCAACAGCAAUCUUCACUUUCACCAACACGAUCAAAAAUUAACACACAUCGUUCAAUCGCAAAUGAAGAAUCCACAAUCGAUACAAAUGAACCACAAUUAACAUCAGAACAAUUAGCUGCACAAAAAGAAAAACAAAUUGAAUAUGAUAAACUUGUUGAAAGACAUCAGCAACUAGUAAAAGCUACAACAACGAAAAAUAAUUUAGCUAAUGAAUCUCAUGAUAUUGUUGAACGUUAUUAUAAAAAACUUGAAAAUGAUCUAAAUAAAUUUAAAAUGGAACUUGAAGCUGAUUACUCCGGAAUAACAGAAACAUUAGAAAAACGAUUUGCUAGCGAAGGUUUCAAUGAAUAUGAUAAUUCUGCUGGCGAGAAUAGUAAUUUCGAUCCAUCCUUAUUAGAUAUCGAACCUUUAUUCGAUCCACUAGACGAUAUGACAAUGUCGAGCGCAUUAGUUGACGAUUACACAAAUCCAUCCACAUUAAGCUAUUUAAUAUCCACACAAUCUCGUCGUUCAUCAACCGGUUUACUCCCAUCAAAUUCUUCAUCGUCGUUCAAUCGAAAACAAAAUCCACAACGUAUCCUAUCAGGUUCAUCAACAUCGUCACGUGGUCGAAAACGUUUGCAAGGUGUAUCUUCAACAAAUACGGUUGGCAAACACCGAAAACGAAGUACCACACGUAAUCCAUUCCUAAAUGAAUCAUUUCAAUCACAUCCGCUUCAUCAUAUGCUACCACCAAGCGACAGUGAUGAAUCAUCAUCAGCUUCAAAUCUACAAUCAAAUAAUACAGCAACAACAGAUUAUUUUCAACUAAAUAAUCAAACAGCAUCGCCCAAUCUAUUUGACGAUGAAACCAACGGUGGUUUUGAUUCAGCUAAUGUUAUGCCGAACUUUCCUGGACAAGCUAUUGACGAACGUCGGUACUGUUUCUGUAAUGAAAUGAGUUAUGGUGAUAUGAUUGCAUGUGAUAAUCCAACAUGUCGUCGCGAAUGGUUUCAUUAUCCAUGUGUCGGUAUUGUAACGCCACCGAAAGGAAAAUGGUUUUGCGUCGAAUGUACUCAAAUGCAACAACAGCAACAACAAUCACAGAUACCAACAAUAAAACGAGUAUCAACGAGCUAG